AUCUUGAUACAUAUAUUUCCUUCUUUCCCGAUUCGUUGUAGUAGAGCGAAAAGACAAUUCUGGUCGAAUGUGACUUUCUAUGAGUAAUUUUAAUUUUCCCCUCGAAAACUAAGAAAUAUUUUCGAAAUCGUAUCAAACUAUCGGUGCAAUUUUUUCGUUCAUUCAUCGCAUCAAAAUGGACACUGCCUAUGUGCACACGGUGCUCCAAGCGUGGGCGGUUUUAUCGGUACUGUACACCUUAGUUGCCGUGAAAUAUUCACAUCUAAUGAAGAACAAUCCAGGAUUCUUCACAAUUAAUUUCACGGAGUUCGGUUGGUUACUGCUAAUUGUGCUGUUUGCACCUGUUAUAACAGUGUUUAUGCUUGUACUACUGGCUUAUCGACAAUUAGUGCGUGUUUUAAUUAAACUGAAGCAUGGAAAAGACUUCGGUGGUCUACUUAACGCAGCAGAUGCCGUACACGUUCUUGAAACAUCAAGAGAAAGCAAGCUGGGAGUACUUUUCGUACUGAAAUACAAGAAAAGUAACCCGACAAGUUUUUAUCAAACGUUUGAAAAUGCAGUAUACAGUACAAGCUUAAUUAUCUGUCCAAAAACUCGUGCCAUAUUUCAGAAAUCUAUGGGAUAUUUUUACUACCUCAAAAACCAGGUGACACUAAGUGAAUGCAUUCACAAGAUAACUGUUACGAAUGAUGGAAAGAAGGUUACGGAUAAGUCGACAUUUAUGCAGUUCCUACAUGAACGUGAAGAUACGCCACUGCCAAAAGACAACGCUGGCCUUUGGGAUGUAUUUAUCGGCACCAACCCGAUUCAGUGGAAAUCUGAAAAUACCGAUGAAGACGCAGACUUUUAUCCCAUUUUAUUUAGAUACCACCAUUCUCUAUUUGACGGGUAUCACUUAUUAAAAACGAUUUUCAAUAACUUCUCCGAUGAAAGGCUACCAAAACAAGUUACACAGCAAGGCGGAUUACCAACAGUAAGGUGUACUAUGUCUGCCUGGAUUAGAUCAUACAUUCAACACCUUGGUAUCAUUGUAAUUACACCCUGGAGAUUAUUUAUGCUGACGAAAACGUUGGCAAAAGAUUGCAAUAUGUUAUGCGGAAAAAAGUUACGCAACGAGAAGUUAUUUGGAUUUAACAUUGAAGAAACUCCAUACUACGUUGACUCCAUCAAAACAGCAAAGAAAAAGGUUCCCGGUACAUCCUUCACUGACGUUGUUCUCACCGCUAUUUCUAUGGCUUUAACCAAGUAUUUUAACGCAUCAGGCGAUGUCCCGUCGCAUAUUACAGUUGCAACUCCAGAGGUACCUCACGCAACUAAUUUGUUACAAAUUGCUACAACCCGCAACACAAAAAAACAAAGUGUUUGUGAGAACAAGGUGAAAUUUUCAUUGCGUAAACUUCCAAUAGGUAAACAGCACAUGUCGGCCGAUAAAAAAUUGGAAUUAAUCAGCCAACAAGGCAGUUAUUUUAAAAAUCCAACUGCAGUAGAGGCAGAUUAUACUGUGACCCAUACGUUAUUUGCAUUGCUUCCAGUUCCAAUGUUAGUACGCCUAUUCAAUACCGCACGUUACACGGCUAUUGUUACCAAUUUACCUGGUCCAAGAGCAACGAGCUUUUGUAAUGGGCAUAGUUUACAAGAUAUCGUCGCCUGGUCAAUCUCCAAAGAAACAACGAGGACUGGUAUUAGCUUUCUCAUUUCAACUUACGAUAAUCGUUUAGGAGUGACAAUGACUGCAGAUAGAGCGAUAAUUAGUAGGUAUGAAGAUAUAGACAGUAUAGUAAAAAAUAUAUAUAUUGCGAUAGAUGACUUAACUAACUCGAUUAAUCACAAUGAUAUAGCCAAAGCAGGAUAGUUUUUUUUU